UACAGGGCAGGGGUUCGUUCAAGGCGCGAACACCCCUUGCGAAUCAGUCCGAGUGUGUCAGUCGCUCAGCUCGGGUCGCGCUGUUUCUUACGCGACUUUUACACCGGUAUCGCGGCUUCACUUUUUCUCCGAGCGGACGUUGAAAGAAUCCAUCGACCAGGAUCGUCCAGAGCUCAUUCGAAUUCGAGAGCCGAAGCAGCGGGAUCUAACGAGAUUAGAGAUUUCGGGACAGUAGCGUUGUUUCGGAAACUGUAGCGGGUCCCGCGAUGACUCGCGGGAGAGACGAGGUGCCAAGUGAAACUAGUCUGUUCGGUAAACGAGACGAGUAAAUUUGUUCGCCAGUCGAUUUUAUUGAGAAUUUCAGAGAAUGGCGCUCGUCGUUAUCGUGAAGAACUUCCAAGGUCUGAAGCACAGGGGUGACAAGGUCAUCAAAGUCGAAUUCCGAGGUGUAUCGCAUUAUUCAAAAUGUUUCGAAGAGACGGCAGACCAUAUCACCAUAGACGAGAGUUUCACUUGGAACUUGGGGAGGCCGGUGGACGUGGCGGAAGUGUUGCAAUUGUCGGUGGUAUCGCGGGGCGUGUUGAGGAACGAGAAGGUGCUGGCGAAAUACGGACUGGUUCUGCAGACGGUGGUGCAGGAAGGUCGGAUCGUGGUUACGGAUUCGUUGGUCGACUUCAAUAACAAACCGCUUCCGGCUGUGAUCUGUUUCGAAAUCCGAUACAAUCCGCCGGACGGAAGCUGCAGCUCGUACGCGGCGUCGGAGAUAAUGGAGGACGAGCAACAGAUGCUGAUCGACAUCGAGCAGAACAUCGCGAAUCUCGAGAGGAGCCUCGAGCAGGCGAACAGCGCCUCCGGGAAGAGGAAGGGCUCCUGGCACGGCCCGGACAAAACGUCCAAGAGAGGUCUGCUCCAGAAGGGCGCCUCGUUGUUAACGGCUGACAAGUCACAGGAUCGCAAGAGCAGGCCCUCGCGACUGAAAACGAUAGGGUCCAUCAUAAAACUGGGCAAGCAGAGACCACCCAGGGCCCGUUCGUGCGACGGUAGUUCAGACACGAGCGAACUGCUCGAGAGUCGAGAUUCGAGCUGUGCCACGUCCAACGAACCUUCCAGGACCAACUCGAUGACCUCCUUGGAGACGAACGUAUCCGACAACGAUAGCCAGGUCAGGCCGACCACCGCCGAACCCCAAGAGGCCGUCGCUAAGCCGACCAAGAAACCGAAACCCAAGACCACGGACACCGGGCAAGCCGCGUUGAAGGCGCAAGAUUACCAAGUUUGUGUCACCGUCAUUGAGGCCAGGCAGCUGGCGGGGUUGAACAUGGAUCCAGUGGUCUGCGUGCAGGUCGGGGAUCAACGUAAAUACACCAGCGUCAAAGAAUCGACCAACUGCCCGUAUUACAACGAGUACUUCGUGUUCGAUUUUCACAUGCCGCCCGUGAUGCUGUUCGACAAGAUAAUCACGCUAUCGGUGCAGCAAUCGCGGAAUCUCUUACGCGCUAAUCUAACGCUGGGCAGCUUUAAGUUAGACAUCGCGACGGUAUGGGCGCAACCAGAUCAUCAAUUCUACCACAAGUGGGCUCUGUUGACGGACCCGGACGAUGUGGCGGGCGGGCCGAAGGGCUACUUGAAAUGCGACGUAAGCGUGAUCGGGAAAGGCGAUACGGUGAAGAUCCCACCGAAGAGCGAGAAAGACGAAGAUGACAUCGAGGGAAAUCUCCUCCUUCCGGACGGAGUGCCGAUCGAGAGGCAACGGGCCAAGUUCAUAGUGAAAGUUUACAGAGCCGACGGGCUGCCGAAGAUGAACAGCAGCAUCAUGGCGAACGUGAAGAAAGCGUUCACCGGCGAAGUGAAAGACCUCGUCGAUCCGUACGUCCAGGUGUCUUUCGCCGGACUCACCGGUAAGACGAGCGUCAAGAGGCACAGUUACGCGCCGAUUUGGAACGAACAGAUCGUUUUCACGGAAAUGUUUCCGCCCCUCUGUCAAAGGAUCAAGAUCCAGCUGUGCGACAACGACCCGGUGCACGCCACGGUGAUCGGCACGCACUUCGUAGACUUGAAACAGGUCAGCAACGACGGCGAGAAGGGGUUUCUGCCCACGUUCGGCCCGGCCUUCGUCCACUUCUACGGGAGCAUCCGAGAUUACAGUCUCAUUGAUCAGCAUUCCACCCUCAACGCCGGACUCGGCGAGGGAAUCUCCUACAGGGCAAGAUUACUGAUAGCGAUCAGAACGGAAAUAAGCGACAACCUGGAGAUGGCACCGUCGGAAGUGGAAGUGGAACCGGCGAUGCCCAUAAACGAGUCCGCUUACGCGAGGAACGAGGAGUUCUUCUUGUUCGCGACAAUCAUGGACGCAACGAUGAUCGACAAAAAGCUCGGCGACAAACCGAUGUAUUUCGAACUGUCGAUAGGCAACGCGGGGAACGCGUUGGACGGUCACAACGAAAGUUCUAAGGUAGGGAUGUACGACAUGGGACCAAAAAGCGGAACGAGCGUGGAUCAGGAGGAGCUACAGGAAGUUUUGAGCGGGUCGUGGCAGAGCACCACCCCGGCUUGUAAGCCGAUGACGCACGACAAGAUUUAUUAUUUUUUACCGUAUUGGGACGAUAAGCCUUGUCUACACGUGAGGAGCAUCUGGCCGGACUAUAGGCGGAGAAUGUACAACAGCAAUAUAAUCAGCAAAAUCGUAGAUAAAUUGGAAGAAGGAUUAUCGGAAGCGCAAUUGCACACGGACGACUGCUCGGGCGAGAAACUGUUGAAGUCCGCGUUGGAAGAGUUGAACAGUAAUUGUAAUCGAUACGUGAGCAUCAGUAGAUCGAGCUUGACCGGCCCGGGGGUCGGGAAAACGAAACUGGACAAAGAGAGAACGAAAUUGUGCCAAAGGGAGUUGGAGAGCAUAGGGAACAUGGCGCGGAACUUGAAAGCCGUGGUCACCAAGAGCAGCUUCAAGGAGAGGCUGAAGACCGCUCAGGGCUAUCUCCACAAGUUGAAGUUUCUCGUCGAGGAUCCUCAAGACUCGCUGCCGGACGUUUUCAUCUGGGUGAUCAAUUCCGGACGCCGGGUGGCUUACCACAGGAUACCUGGCAGGGACUUGAUCUACUCGAUCGUCGACGAGGAAUGCGGUAGACACUGCGGGAAAGUGCAGUCUAUGUUUCUGAAGCUUCCAGGUAAAAAACGAUUCGGGCCUUCGGGCUGGGCGAUACAGACCAAGCUGCAGAUUUACAUGUGGCUCGGCAUACUGAAGCACAAGAAGUACUUCAUCCAGGGCUUGCCGAAAGGGUACGAGCUCAGCAACGAACUCAAGAACGUCGACAGACCACGCGCUUUGCCACCCACCAUCAUUCACUACGUGGAGAAACAUAAAUUCCAGUUAAGGGCGCACAUGUACCAAGCCCGAUCGCUGAUCGGCAGCGACGCGUCGGGUCUCUCGGAUCCGUUCGCGAGAGUGAUUUGCGGCGAGUUCUGCAAGUCCACCCAGGUGAUCGACGAGACUUUGAGCCCCACGUGGGACGAGCUGCUCCUUUUCGACGACAUCCUGAUCUACGGCACCGACGAAGAGAUCAAGAAGGAUCCACCGUCGAUCGUCAUCGAGAUCUUCGAUCAGGACAAAGUGAGUCAUUUUGUCACUAUGGACAUAACACUGCAUGAGGGCUCUGCUUUAACAGGGAAGUCGGAGUACAUAGGCCGGGCAGUGGCGCGGCCUCACGUCAAGCUCGCCUCGGAGACUUAUACACCUCCGCAGUUCCCACCGUCGUUGGAAUGGUACGACGUGACGAGAGGCGUCGCGAGAGCCGGCGAGCUUCUCGCAGUUUUCGAACUGCUCGAGUAUCCCUCGACCAAGGAUUACGGGUUUCCCACUCUACCGGAUCCGAAGGAAACCGGGUGUCAAACACCCGUGGCUCUGGACCAGGGACCCAUCCUCCCGGUCCCAAUCGGCAUUCGGCCCACUCUCUCCAAAUACCGAAUCGAGGUAUUGUUUUGGGGACUGAGAGACCUGAAACGGAUCCACUUGAUGACCGUGGACAAGCCACGUGUGGACGUGGAAUGCGCCGGUCAUAUCCUGUAUUCCUCGGUGAUAAUGAACGCAAAGAAGAACCCUAACUUCAACACGCCGGUGAAAUUCUUGGAGUUGGAACUGCCGGAACAGGAACUGUAUCGGCCGCCGUUGACGAUCAGAGCAGUCGACUGCAGGAGCUUCGGCCGUUACACGUUGGUCGGGACGCACACGAUUAACUCGAUUCACAAGUACAUGUACUGUCCGCAGACGAAGAAGGCGAAGAACGCGGAGGACAGGAAGAGGAACUUGUAUCAGUUGCAACAGUGCACGGGUGCAAGUUUCGACGCGUCGAGAGGGAAAUGCCAGCCAUCCUCGCUGCCGGAGUCGCUGACCGAUCUUGAAUCGACCGUCGGAGACACGAUCAUCACUUUAGGACUGGAGCAAGGAUGGCCGACGAAGAAGGACAAGACGGAGCAGAAUACACGGAAGAAGCAAAGUUUAGUCAACGAUGGGAGCAUGGGAGACUUCGGUACGUUCGACGACGAGGAAGGAUGCCAGGACUGGUGGACGAAAUACUUCGCUUCCAUCGAAGCGAUGAUCGAAGAGAACAAGGAGCUGCGCAGGGAGAAGCCGAUGUUUCAAGCUCAGGCGAACGGAACCGCCCCGACGUUGAUGGACGAGUCGCAGAAUCAAGGCCAAGGAAAUCAUUCGGGCGACAAGAGUCCCGGGGUGACCGCGAGGAAACUGUUCGGCCUAAAGACCACGGCGAACGCGGCCAGGUUCGUCUCGAAGCUGAGCCCGAAGCACGCGUGCAUGGGAAAGUACCCGAAAACGGCGCUGCUCAAGAUCUAUCCGAACGAGUUGGAGGCGCAGCCGGAAUUCGAGCAGUUCAAAGAGUGGCUGCACACGUUCGAGCUGUACAGGGGGAAGAAGACGAGCGACGAGCCCGAGGACGAGUCGAGGAUAGUAGGAAGUUUCAAGGGAGCGUUGAAAGUCUACAAGUGGCCGCUGCCCAAGGACCUGUUGGACCACACCGUGAUGGGGUUCGAUCCGCAGUUCGGUUUCUUCCAGGGCGUGCCUUCGAACGAGCCGAUUCACGUGCUCGUGAGGGUGUACAUCGUCAAGGCGAACGACCUUCACCCUUGCGAUCUGAACGGCAAGGCCGAUCCUUACGUGGUACUCCAACUGGGCGGCAAGAGAAUCAGCGACAAGGAAAACUACGUGUCGAAGCAGCUCAAUCCUGUGUUCGGCAAGUGCUUCGAGAUCGAAGCGACGUUCCCGCAGGACUCGUCGCUGACCGUCCAGGUGUUAGACUGGGACCUGGUAGGCGCGGACGACAUGAUCGGCGAAACGAAGAUCGACCUAGAGAACCGAUUCUACAGCCGGCAUCGCGCCACUUGCGGCCUACCUAAGAAAUACGACGAAUCGGGCUACAACAAGUGGAGAGACUCGAUGAAGCCGACGCAGAUAUUGUCGAAAUUGUGCAAAGAGGGAAAGAUCGACGGACCCGUCUACUCGCACGGGAAAGUAACUAUCGGGAGAAAGACUUUUACCCUGUCGAACGAGGAACUCGAAUAUUACGUCCACGCGAAAGGCAUAGAGGAACACCUCGCCCUGGCAGUUCUCCAUCAGUGGCACGCUUUCCCGAGGAUCGGUUGCGCCCUGGUACCGGAACACGUGGAGACUCGGCCGCUUUACAAUCCCGAGAAACCGGGGAUCGAGCAGGGGAAAUUGGAAAUGUGGGUGGACAUGUUUCCGAUGGAUAUGCCGUCGCCAGGUCCGCCGCUCGAAAUAUCGCCAAGGAAGCCCAAGAGCUACGAGCUGAGGGUCAUCAUAUGGAACACGGACGACGUCGUACUGGAAGACGACGCGUUUUUCACCGGCGAAAAGAUGAGCGACAUUUACGUUAAAGGGUGGCUGAAGGGACCGGAAGAUUGUCAGUCCACCGACAUUCAUUACCGCUCUCUGACGGGGGAGGGAAAUUUCAAUUGGCGGUUCAUAUUUCCGUUCGACUAUUUGGUGGCGGAGGAGAAGAUCGUGAUCAAUCGGAAGGAGAGCCUCUUCAGCUGGGACGAGACCGAAUGCAAGAUUCCGGCUCGGCUCGAAUUACAAGUAUGGGACGCGGAUCAUUUCUCAGCGGACGAUUUCCUGGGUGCUAUCACACUGGACUUGAACCGAUUUCCCCGGGGUGCCAAGAACAGCAAACUGUGCACGCUGAGUAUGUUAAAGACCGACGGCUCGGUGCCGACCGUAAAUAUCUUCAAGCAGAAGCGAAUAAAGGGCUGGUGGCCCUUUUACGUGAAGAAGGAGAACGAGGACAUGGAGUUGACGGGCAAAGUGGAAGCCGAGCUUCAUUUGUUGACCAAGGAGGAGGCGGAGAAGAAUCCCGCGGGAUACGGUAGAAACGAGCCGGACCCGCUCGACAAGCCGAACCGACCGGAUGCCUCGUUCAUGUGGUUUCUCAAUCCUCUGAAAUCUAUCAAGUACAUAGUAUGGCACAAUUACAAAUGGGCAAUCCUGAAAGCCUUCGUAGCGAUCGGAAUAAUAAUACUCGUACUGUUGUUCUUCUACGCGAUACCUGGUUACUCCGUCAAGAAACUGUUAGGUGCUUAGACUCACGAAUUCGAACAGACAGUUAUAUUUUCACAGUUAGAUACACCGAAUCGGUGAGAACAAGCCGACACGCAAUAGUAACAGAACGGGUCGAUCACUUAAUUGCAUAGAUCAAACAAUAAUUUCUCGAAAAAAAUAAUUGUAGCUUCGCGUCGCUCAGCGUUCACGUACUUACCUCGUCGUCCUACGUCUCAUCACGUUUCGGCAGGAUAGCUGUUACUCGUGUGUGAGAAUACCUGUGCCGACUUUAGACGACUCGUCGUCACACACAUUUUCCUCUUCCGAUCGACUUCGAUUAGCGAAAUAAACAAUGAUUAUUAUCAUUAUUGUGCUUCUACACAAGAUAUAACGAAUACAUUUGCUGUAUAGUGGACCAACGAAACAGAACGCUAAACGAACUGUAUAUACGACAGCCGUAUCGACAACUGAAACUCGUUAGAUGCAAAACAAUAACGACGCGCGCAAUGUACGCGGAAUAUUUUUACUUAUGAAACGUUUCGUUAAGAAUGUUCUAGCCUACUUUGUUGUAAAUAGAUAAUUCAAGUGUACAUCUAGGAACUAAUAAACGACGUUAAAAAAAUAA